UUUAAAUAGCAAGCGGGAACGCAAGCCCGCACUCGAUUUCUCUUUGCCGUUCUCUCCCCCCUCUCGCUAUAAAUUUCGUAUCUAGGGUUUUGUUUUCGUUCUAUCUCCUCUCGUCGAGAUCCGAGAAGGGUUCCGUCCUUGCGCUCAGUUUUCGAGCUUGUCAUCAUGCCUCCACCUCUUGAAAUAGCAAACAAAUCUUCUGUCUCGCAUAUGCCGCAUCCACCUCUCAAUGAAAGAAUCAUUUCGUCCAUGUCCAGGAGGUCCUUUGCAGCACAUCCUUGGCAUGAUCUUGAAAUAGGUCCUGGUGCACCUUCUAUAUUCAACUGUGUGGUGGAAAUAGGUAAGGGAAGUAAGGUGAAAUAUGAACUCGACAAAAAAACUGGGCUGAUAAAGGUUGACCGUGUGCUCUACUCAUCAGUGGUAUACCCCCACAACUAUGGAUUCAUCCCCCGCACUCUUUGUGAAGACAAUGAUCCCAUGGAUGUAUUAGUUAUCAUGCAGGAACCUGUGAUUCCAGGAUGUUUCCUUCGGGCUAAAGCUAUAGGUCUCAUGCCCAUGAUUGAUCAGGGGGAAAAGGAUGACAAAAUAAUUGCAGUGUGUGCGGAUGAUCCUGAAUACAAGCAUUACUCCGAUAUUAAGGAGCUCCCACCUCAUCGCUUAGCCGAAAUCAGGCGCUUCUUUGAAGACUAUAAGAAAAAUGAAAAGGAAGUUGCAGUGAAUGACUUCCUCCCUGCCACUGCAGCUUAUGAAGCCAUACAAUGCUCAAUGGAUCUCUAUGCAACUUACAGAGUGGAGAGUCUGAGGAGGUAGGAUUCUUCAAGGAUUAUGAUACAUUGAGCGAUCAUUCUCAGAUGACCUCUUUGAAGCUGCAGUCUCCUUUACAUGCAAAAGAUACUACAGCAGAAAACUGUUUUGCAUGGUUGUCAUCACUAGCUGGUGUGAUUGAAACAUGUGACCCAGAAGAAAUGAAAAGGAAUGAGGAAAUAAAAAUAGGCAUAUAGUCCUUGCAUAUGAUAUAAAGAAAAAACUCAUGAAUCUUUAUAUGCAUCUCUUAAAUAGGAUGUAUUUUGAUGAAUUUGAUUGUGCGGAUGUUCAUUGAAUGUUGACAAUUUCUCCUAUUCAUACUCUGA